UAAUGUGGUUACCCCACUGCCCUGUGUGCAGAGCUGAGGCGCGGGUUGAUGACAUCAGGCCUGUCAGAGUCAAUACGAGGGUCAUGGUCAUCAGGUUGGGUCAACCUCUACCUGGCUUGUCAGGGCUUUCCACCCCAGCAACAAGAUCUGUGGCAGGUGACGUCCAGAGCUAUAUCAGACUGCUGCAAAUAGCCUCAAAGACAGAAGGAAGGAGCCUGGCCAAUCAGACCCCAGCUGUCACCACAGCCCCUCCCCCUCCCGCCCCAAGACCCCUCCACAGACCACUCUCUUCCUCCAUCACUCCUCCUGCUCCAACCAAUGAUGUAGACCUAUAUAUGUCUAUGACUCGUAGACCUGCCCCCACAGUCAUUCCAACAGCUGGCACUACUGCACCCGCACCUACAACCCCAACUACCAUACCUGCCAUCACACUGACAUCUACCAUCAGAUCUAAACCCACCCCCACACCCCGCACCAGGGCUCUCUCCGCCCCAGGACAACAGCCUUUCGCCAUCCCUCAGCACACACCUUCCGCAGCUCAAAGACCCACCUCCAUGCCCUCUACCUCUACCCCUGCUCCCCCAGUACUGGCUGCUCCUCCAUCCCUCUCCUUCACGGAUGAUGGUGACUUGUAUGAAAACUUGCCGGGCCUGCAAGGCCAGUUAGCGAGUUCUGUGAUGAGGAUGACGUUUGUCUGUCCGUACUGCCAGGAGAGUGGUCUGGAUGAGAGGGAUCUGUGGGUUCACUGCAAUGGCAAGCAUCAGUAUGACAACAGGCCCGUGGUGUGUCCAGUGUGUGCCUCUCUGCCUCACGGUAAUCCAAACCAAAUCAGCAGGGACUUCAUCAUACAUUUGAACCUGAGACACUGCUACUAUACCAAGGACUACACGAACAUCAAUCAAACCGACACGUUGAACUUGCAAGAUGCCAUUAUUGAGUCUCUCCAGGAUGCCAACCUGAAUCCCAGAUGAUUUUUUAUCAAUAUCAGAUGCAACAUCAAUAAUCUAGCAAUAUAGCAAUAACACACUCAUCAUGAUUUGUAUAUUUUGAUGCUAAAGCUGCUCACAGAAGCCUUUGUAAAAAUGGCAAUGUUGUCGAACAUGUUGAUUGUUGCAGCUGUUAUUUUCUUCCUUUUGAAUGUAUAAAAUCAUGCCCUGUUUACUGCAUCUAUCGAAUGUAUCAACUAUAAUGGAUCUUUUCAAUAUCAGCUUUGAUAUACUUUUUCAUAUAUUUAAUAUCCUUGUAUAUUCUUGACAUAGAAUGACUAUAAUAAAGAAUAUUGAA